AUGGACGUCCUUGAGGACAGGCAGGAGGAGUUCCAGUGUUUUGCUGCUGCUUUGCCUCAUCUCGUGUCCACGCUGAUUGCCCCUGAGGGAGACCCGGAUGCACCAGACAUCCCGACUCCUCGAUCGUACGCUGAGGCGAUAAAGGGUCCCUACUCCUCACAGUGGCAGUUAGCCAUGGACGCAGAGAUGACUUCCUGGAAGUCCACAGGCACCUACGUCGACGAGGUUCUCCCACCUGGGGCGAACAUCGUCAGUGGCAUGUGGAUUUUCAGGGUGAAGCGGCCGCCGGGUUCUCCGCCUAUCUUCAAGGCGCGUUACGUGGCUCGAGGCUUCAGUCAGCGGCAGGGAGUUGACUACUUUCAGACCUUCUCUCCCACCCCGAAGAUGACCACUCUUCGGGUGCUGCUGCACAUAGCCGCUCAGCGCGACUAUGAGCUUCGCUCUCUUGACUUCGGCACAGCUUGCAUGCAGGGCAGCCUGCACGAGGAGAUCUGGCUGCGUCGCCCACCUGGCUUCACUGUGUCGUUUCCCCCUGGUACCCAGUGGAGCCUCCGGCGGCCAGUCUACGGUCUCCGCCAGGCGCCCCGUGAGUGGCAUGACACAUUGAGGACUACACUUGCGGCUCUUGGGUUUGCUCCUUCUACAGCCAACCCGUCGUUGUUUCUGCGCACCGACACCUCUUUGCCGCCGUUCUACAUCAUCGUGUACGUCGACGACUUGGUCUUUCUCACUGCUGACACUGCUGGACUCGCCCACGUGAAGUCCGAGCUGCAGAAGAGACACACGUGCACAGACCUGGAGCACAUGGCUGCAGCGAAGAGGGUGUUGCGCUACUUGUGCAGUACGUCGGGCAUGGGGCUAGUGCUUGGAGGGCGACGUCCAAUGGUCCUUACAGGUCACGCAGACGCCUCUUGGGCUGACGACCAGGCUAUGCAGCGGUCGUCACAGGGUUACACCUUCAGCCUUGGUUCCGGCUCUGUUUCGUGGCGGUCUACCCGUUCGUCUUCUGUUCUCGGCUCUAGCUGUGAGGCUGAGAUCUACGCGGGGGCCAUGGCUGCACAGGAGCUACGCUGGCUCACCUACUUGCUGACUGGCCUAGGAGUGCCGCCUCGUUCUCCUCCGGUUCUGUACGAAGACAACAAGGCCAUGCUGGCCUUGUGUCGCGAGCACAGACUAGAGCACAAAACGAAGCACAUUGCUCUUCGCUACUUCCUUGCUCGUGAGCUGCAGCAGCGUGGUCAGCUGCGCCUUGCUUAUGUGGCCUCUGAUGCCAACACUGCUGAUAUCUUUACCAAGGCACUUCCGCCUUGUGAUCAUCAGCGCUUCUGUACGAUGCUAGGUACUCUGCAUCGACAUACAGCUUGGUCGGCAAGAUACUUUUCCUGA